CACCAACAUGCCAACUUGAUCGCUCGCUUCAUCCACAGGCUGCAUCGCAUGCCUCAUGUCAGCAUCCUCAACUCAUUCUCACAGCAAUGAAGCUGUCGAGGCCGAAUCCAGUCGCAACCCGUGGAAAUCUCCCUACGCCGAGUCCCCUGGUGACGAAGACCAUGAUGGCGACUUGAAUAAGCACAUCUCGUUCAAGUCCGGCGUUCGAACUUCUUCUGGCUUUCUACCUUCGCCUCUAUCGACUAGUCGAAGUCCGUCGCCUGGAUACAACGAUGCCACGAAUCUGUCCCAAAGACGUGUCAGCUCGCGAUCCCCUGUUCAGCCUACUACUGGCAACAUCCUAUCAUACCUCAACACCCCGGCUGUCGCGCAAGAUGCAAAAGACCCGUCUGCUCUGGACUGGUAUGUUGAGGGACCAGGUCGACGUGUCGGAUAUGACAACUUGACUGCCAUUGACUGGAUCUUCGAAUACGCAAAAGAACGACAACGGUUGAGAGUGUUGCGAUCCAAUGCUGUUGGCCUGUUGGGAUACUUCCAGCUGCUCGCCGAUAAUAGUCAGACUUGGUUCAUCUUGGUCGCAACUGGAAUUGCUGUCGGUGCCAUCGCUGCUGCUAUCGAUAUUACAAGUGGCUGGCUGGGAGACCUCAAGGCGGGAUACUGCAGUAAUGUUCAAGAUGGUGGAAAGUUCUACCUGAACAGAGGCUUCUGUUGUUGGGGACAGAAAGAUUUCGAGACAUGUCCGGAUUGGCAGCUGUGGAGUCAUGGUAUGGGUGUCACUUCCAGCGCUGGUAGCUGGAUCAUCAACUUUGUCUUGUAUCUUGCCUACUCGGUCCUGUUUGCAUCUGUCGCGACAUAUCUCGUCACCAGGUUCUCGACAUACGCUAAGCAGAGUGGUAUACCUGAGAUCAAGACUGUUCUUGGAGGCUUUGUCAUUCGAAGAUUCAUGGGUGUUUGGACGCUAGUGACCAAGUCUACUGGGCUGUGUCUUGCGGUUGCCUCUGGUCUCUGGCUUGGUAAAGAGGGUCCCCUUGUCCAUGUCGCCUGUUGCUGCGCAAACCUGUUCAUGAAGCCUUUCGAGAGCGUCAACAGCAACGAAGCUCGGAAACGCGAGGUGUUAUCUGCUGCUUCUGCUUCUGGCAUAUCUGUUGCGUUCGGCGCACCUGUUGGUGGUGUGCUGUUCAGUCUCGAAUCGCUCUCGUACUACUUCCCAGACAAGACCAUGUGGCAGUCGUUUGUCUGCGCUAUGAUCGCCGCUUUCACACUCAAAGCUGUCGAUCCAUUCCGCACAGGCAAGACUGUGCCUUAUUCAGUGACCUACCACACUGGCUGGCAUGGCUUCGAGAUGGUGGCGUACGCAAUCAUCGGUGUCCUUGGUGGUUUGUAUGGUGGUCUCCUCAUCAAGCUGAAUAUGCGCUUAGCGGCUCUUCGAGACUCACCUCGAUACCCACUCAGGGGUAGGCCAAUCCUUGAGGUCUGCAUCAUCACUAUCGCUACGUCGGUCAUCGCUUUUCCCGUCACAUUCCUACGCGCCCAGGCUUCUGAGUUGGUGUACUAUCUCUUUGCCGAGUGUAAAGACAUUCAAUCUGACCCUCUCGGUCUCUGUAAGAGUGGCAUCGCUAACACUGGUGUCAUCUUCUUGUUGCUCAUCUCUACUAUUAUCGGCUUCUUCUUCACGGCAUUGACUUUUGGUCUCCAAAUACCCGCUGGUAUCUUACUUCCCUCCAUGACCAUCGGGGCUCUGUACGGUCGUGUCAUUGGCCUCAUAGUCGAGGUCUGGCAACGCGAACAUCCCAAGUGGAUUGUCUUUGCUUCUUGCGAGCCCGACGUUCCAUGCAUCACUCCCGGUACCUACGCCAUCGUGGGUGCAGCCUCAGCAUUAGCAGGCGCAACACGAAUGACCGUCUCCAUCGUUGUCAUCAUGUUCGAACUUACCGGAGCUCUUACUUAUGUCCUUCCUAUCAUGAUUGCUGUCAUGAUAGCCAAAUGGGUCGGUGACGCUAUGGGCAAACGUGGUAUCUACGAAGCUUGGAUUGCCUUUAACGAAUACCCAUUCCUGGACAACCGCGACGAUCGACCUAUUCCUGAUAUCCCAGUCUCUCAGAUCAUGACGAGAACAGAAGAUUUGGUCACAAUUAACGCUGAAGGCAACACCAUUGCCAGCCUCACCAAUUUACUCAAGGAGCAUACAUACAGAGGCUUCCCCGUCAUCUCAAACUCCCACGAUGCAAUAUUACUCGGCUACAUUUCACGUACAGAAUUAAACUUCGCCCUGAACUCCGCGGUAUCCACACGAAAGCUGCCACCACAGACUUUAUGCUUCUUCUCCCAUCAGCCCCUCGCCGAUGUAGAACAUACACUCGACUUACGCCCUUGGAUGGAUCAAACACCCAUAACACUAAACUCCGCCAUAGGAUUAGAACUCUGUGUAAAUUAUUUCCAACGUUUGGGAUUGCGGUACCUUGGGUUUUGUGAUAGGGGUGUGUUGAAGGGACUUUUGACGAAGAAGGAUGUUUGGUUUGUUGUUAAUGGGGGGGACGAGGGGGGUGGGAGGGUCAAGGGGGAGAGGGAGGAUGAGGAUGCGCAUAGAAGGGUUAGAGGUGUGGGGAGUGGGAUUUUGAGGGAAGGGGAUGAGGGGGAGGAGAGGGGGUUGCUAUUUGAAGGGAGAGGGGGGAGGGAGGAAGAUGGGGAUGUAGGGGGCGGGAGACGUGAUUGAUAGCAUUAAGUUGCAAGAUAGUGCUAUCCUUCACAGCGAGCUACUCAACUCUGAACAUGAUCAUGACGUUGAUCAAGAUGUGAUUGAAUGCAAACGAUAGUGAGAGACUUGGUCAUCACGACUUAUUGUCCCAUCACCGAACCUCGGAACAUGUAUCAAGUCUCCAAGAAAGCACAAAUAAGUUCUGAGACGUCAAGUCUCAGCCCAC